AUGAUCUAUUUGGCAAAUGCAUCCUCUGUCUUCCAACAAUCCAAGGGGAAAAAACAGGAAAAGAAAGAAAAGCCCACAGAACCAGCAAAGUCACCAAAAUUGGAAUCUCCAGCUCCAAGUGAAAAACCUGGGAAAGCAAAAGCUGAACGAUCCAAAGAAGAGAUUGCAGAUGCCUCAACCAAAAAGGCCACGCACGGAAAGAAAGAAGAGAAAGCCAAGACAGUGGAGCAAGAAAUGAAAAAAGAAAAAUCUGGGAAGAGUUCUCCAGUUUUGAAAGACAAAGGUAAUAAUAGCAUAGUUGUAAGUUAA